ACUGAAAGGAAUGUAAUUGCACAUCCUAAAACUGCUUUCUUUAUUCUGGGGAUGUAAACAUUACAACUGGUGUCUUUAAAGCAGUGAACCAUCAAUUUAACACACAUGUGCUAUAUUAAUGUCCCAUACAUUUUGUUUUAUUCAGUUCAGCAACGAUGAGACGUGCUCUUUGUGUUUCCCCCCCUGUACUUGGAUACACUAUAAAGACAAUCUGUUUUAUAUUAAAUUAAUAUGAUAGGAGUGGGAUAAUAACUUUGCUUUUAUGCCGCAAUGGUGUUAGUGUAAUAUAAACUAGACUAAUUCAUUAUAGCAGUGUUAGUCUGACAAUGUAUGUCAUCUGAUGCAAUUGAAAGAGAAAGUCUUAAUAACAAAAUGUCAGUAUUACCAAGACAUUAACAAGACAAUCUGAUAAUUUCCAGCGAUCGUAAUAUCAAGUGGAUAAUCAUUUCUUUGUUUCAAUGCAUCAACAGUAUUAAUGGGAUAGAAUCCGUGCAAUUCAUUAUUGCAGGCAGUACAGUGCUGGUUUGUCAUCUUAUGCAACUGCAUAGGCAAUAAAAUGGUAAGAAAGUUUGUGCCAUCAUCUGAAGAUUGCAUUGUUCAUCCACCUUCAUAAAUCCAUGCAUGUGAAAGAUGAGGAGAAAAAUAUUUUGUGGGACAGAGUCUUUUUUUUUCCCUGUGAGAUAUUCAUUCACCCAGAGAGAGAAGCGUGGUCACAGAAUUAGCAGUUUCAGCUCAGCUGAAGUCGCUAGGCUGUGAAGGAAAGAGAAAUUGACUAAUUAGCAAUGCGCACUAAAACUUGACGGUUCUUUAUAAAGGGGACUGCUUUUCUAAGAUGUUUGACUGCGCAGUCAUUUACGCACGACAAUUUUACAAUAGCCUUGAGCCAUAAUUUUAAAACUCUCUCCAGCAUCCAGCCCCUCCAUGGUCACUCUUCACUGGCGAUGCACGACCGUUUCUCUCCCCAACCGUGGAUUUCCUAUUACUCUUGUUACGACUCACUGAAUCCCAGGCCCAAGGAUAAUGAUGUGUUGUUUCUUGGUAGCAUAAUUUGUCACACGUACAUUUUUUUUGCGAAAGCUGCUCUCAGACUUCUUGCUGUUGCUAAUUCUGGAGACAGUAUAUCAAAUGAUGAACGACAAAAAAACCUCGCAAGCGUAACUGCUGAAGUUGCAACGCGUGGAGCUUGAUCGGAUCCGGAUUUUACUGGGGGAUCGAAGCAAAGAAAAAAGGAGAAAAAAUAAUAUAAAAGUGAGGAUCCGAUCGAAGUGGACGCUAGUUUGCAGCCCAGUGUAUACAGGAGGUGUUCAAAGUUAGAUACCAUGUCAAGAUCUGGUGACAGAACGUCCACCUUCGACCCAUCUCAUAGUGAUAACCUCCUUCACGGCCUCAACCUACUGUGGAGGAAGCAGCUUUUCUGUGAUGUGACUCUGACAGCCCAGAGCCAGCAGUUCCAUUGCCACAAAGCAGUGCUGGCUUCCUGUUCCCAGUAUUUCCGAUCGCUUUUCUCUAAUAGCCAGUGCAAAGAGAGCACGAACGAAUCGGGGAGCCGGACCCCUUCAUCCCCGGCCGAGGACAUCAGCAGGUCUAUCAAUAACAUCGUCCUGCAGGGCUGCUCGGCCACGGGGGUUUGCCUGGUCUUGGAGUACAUCUACACAGCCAACAUGACACUGUCUCUCGAUACGGUGGAGGACGUGCUCUCGGUCAGCAAGAUCCUGCACAUCCCCCCUGUCACCAAACUCUGCGUCCAGUUCCUCAACGACCAGAUAUCGAUGCAAAACUACAAGCAGAUCUGUCAGAUCGCUGCCAUCCACGGGCUGGACGAGACCAAGAAGCUGGCCAACAAGUACUUCGUGGAGGACAUCCUGCUGUUGAAUUUCGAGGAGGUUUGCGCCAUGAUGGACUCAAUGCCGCCACCUGUGGAGUCGGAGCUUGCUCUCUUCCAGAUGUCCGUGCUCUGGCUCGAACACGACCGGGAGACUCGCAUGCAGUACGCCCCGGACCUGAUGAAGCGGCUCCGCUUCGCCCUCAUCCCCGCCACCGAGCUGGUCGAGAGGGUGCAGUCGGUCGAUUUCAUGCGGAGCGACCCGGUCUGCCAGAAACUCCUGCUGGACGCUAUGAACUACCACCUCAUGCCCUUCAGACAACACUGCCGGCAGAGCGUGGCCAGCAGAAUUCGCUCCAGUAAGAAACUCCUGUUAUUGGUCGGUGGAUUGCCUCCUGGUCCAGAUCGACUUCCAAGCAACCUCGUUCAGUAUUAUGAUGAAGAAAAGAAGACAUGGAAAAUACUUACAAUAAUGCCUUAUAACAGUGCCCAUCACUGUGUUGUGGAAGUAGAAAACUUCCUGUUUGUACUAGGAGGAGAAGACCAAUGGAACCCAAAUGGGAAACAUAGUACUAAUUUCGUCAGCCGAUAUGAUCCUAGAUUUAACAGCUGGAUACAACUUCCCCCUAUGCAAGAAAGGCGAGCCAGCUUCUACGCCUGCCUUCUGGAUAAACAUCUGUAUGUAAUUGGUGGAAGGAAUGAGACUGGUUAUUUGUCAAGUGUUGAAUGUUACAAUCUGGAAACCAAUGAAUGGUGCUACCUGUCCUCCCUGCCCCAGCCUCUGGCAGCUCACGCUGGUGCAGUGCACAAUGGGAAGAUUUACAUUUCAGGAGGCGUUCACAAUGGUGAAUAUGUGUCAUGGCUGUACUGCUAUGAUCCAAUCAUGGACGUAUGGGCCAGGAAACAAGACAUGAACACCAAACGGGCCAUUCAUGUUCUGGCAGUGGUGAAUGAUCGUCUGUACGCUAUUGGGGGAAACCAUUUAAAAGGUUUCUCACAUCUUGAUGUUAUGCUCGUUGAAUGUUAUGACCCCAAAGGUGAUCAGUGGAACAUUCUCCAAACUCCUAUCUUAGAGGGUCGCAGUGGUCCAGGAUGCGCAGUGCUAGAUGAUAAUAUUUAUCUUGUUGGUGGAUACAGCUGGAGCAUGGGGGCCUACAAAUCUUCCACAAUUUGCUACAGCCCUGAACAAGCAACUUGGACAGAACUGGAAGGAGAAGUUGCUGAGCCACUCGCUGGCCCAGCCUGUGUAACUGUUACAUUGCCAGCCUGUGUGCCGUACAAUAAAUAAAACAUUCUGUCAAUUCACAACAUUAAUAUAAACACUCAGACAAUUUAUUUAAAUGAUAUCAAGUGCAAAGUACUGAAUUCUUACUCCCAAACACAUUUAAUGUUUGAAAUGUGCUUUUUUACUAUGGUAAUUUAUGACUAUGAAAAUAAUGUUAUGUAAAUCUUUGUAUCUUUCAGAAGAAAGGCAUGACCGAAUAAAAUAACUGAUGUAGUAGAAUAUAACAAAAUGUAAAUUUUGUACAGGAUGAGAAAGUGUAAAUGAAGCUUGUUUGUUGGAAAACAUACUUAAAUAAAAACUUUAAAAUGCUAAGUGUUUUCUCCUCAUUGCAUGGCUGGAAAUAAUCACCGUUUGAAUUUAUCUUCUGUCAUGUGUUUAUUUUGUGAACUUACUUUUUAAUGGUGUUAUGAAACAACCAGUGUAUUUUAUGAACUAAUGUCCACUGUGUAUAGAUUAGCAUAUUUACAUCUACUGGAUUACACGCUAUUUGUAAGAAUGAAAUAAGUUAGCUAUUGAUUCCUUUCUUCAUCUGGACUAAGUCUUCAUUAGAUUCUCCAUAUGUGUUAUGCAUUUAAGCCAGUGGUGUGUUCUGGGAAGGCAGGGGCUUUAACUGUAUGCAGUUAGCAGCACUUACACUGGACUCCAAAUUGGAGAUUUUCUUCUUUGUAAGGAUUGGUUUUUGCAUAGUUUAGCAAAAUCAAAGUCAAUCUUCUCCAUUACGAUCUGCAAUACUGCUACCCAAAAUGGUUAGAUAUGGAGAUAUGACCAGAGUAUAUUGUGCAAGGUAUCAUUCCUGUCACUACCCAAUCAAUCAAUAUGCUCCUUAGAUCCUGAUACACUUUAAAAUGCUGCAAUGGGAAUUGUGUACAGUGUGAUGGCUCCACCAAGUG